AUGGGUUCCAAUGCUAGCACUAAUAAAACUACUAGUUCGUCGAAUAGUAUCAGAAGUAGUACGUGCUCAAUAAAUGAUACUAUACUCAAAAACGAUUUAAAUGGAAAUGAAAAAAAUUCACAUUGCCAAUCAAUACAAUCACCUGCUUAUAUUAAAGAUAAAUUUCGAUUAGAAUUUCUUGAUUGUAAUUGUUGUUGUGAUACAACAAAAAAAUUACCCGAUUGUGAUUUUCAAGGUAUUAAUGUACUACGAGAUCUAUAUGAUCUGGUUGUAGCACCUGAAUAUAAAAUAAAUUGUCGAUGUUCAUGUGGCGACAAUACUGGUGAACCAAAACAAAUGAUUAAAUUUGGUCUAACAGGUUCACCGAAUAUACAACUAACAACACCUGAUGAUGGUCCUUGCUCAACAUCUAGUGACUCAGAAGGAAGGAAAUGA